GUUCAUCAACCAGAACAGUCUGCAAGGCCCGCUGCCCGCCACCAUCACCUCCCUCACCAACCUCCGCAUCCUCUUCAUGAGCAGCAAUCCCUAUCUGGAUGGUUAUCUGCCGUCAGAUCUGGGCAACAUGGUCAGCCUCACUGACUUCGUGAUGGAGUUUGCAGCCUUCAACGGCACCAUGCCUGACUCCAUCACCAAGCUCACUCGCCUCUCCCGCAUUCUGAUGGACAACUGUCGCUUCACAGGUUCCAUCCCACAAGGAAUCAGCAACCUCAAGGCUCUAACCGUGCUCUAUCUGGAAGGCAACCGCUUCUAUGGAAGCUUCCCCUCAGGCAUCCUGCAGCUUCCUCAGCUCUCACUUGUCAACCUGCAUGACAACCAGUUUUCUGGGCCGCUCCCUACAGGAUUCCUCAACAGCACAUUGCUCACAGCCGGCCAAUACAACCUGCACCACAACUUCUUCUACGGAACUGCGUCCGUAACCGCCGCACCCGCCCCUUCGCCAUCCUCCGAGACGGGACCUGUCUACUUGACUGACCCGCUGCCAGAAUCCGUCAACCCGUCCGAUCGUCAGUCAAUCAUUGACGGGCUGCUGACAGACCCCCGUGAAGCCAAACUGCCCCCGGGGCUGCAAGUACCGAAGCGGGACACGCUGCCGAUCGUGACGGACCCGACAUACGUGAACUCGAUAGUAGCAGCAGCGGAGGAGCCUGUAGAAGACUUUAUACCCGCCAGUCGCGCCGACGAUGGAGCACAAGGCGUCGCGCCGAUGAUGGAGCUCAAGGCCGUGUGGGGGAAGACGGCGGAUCUGUCCACGUGGGUGGCCACCAAUCCGUGCGCCACGUGGCAGCUCGUGCAGUGCUGGACGAACGGCUACAUCCGUCGCAUGGAGAUGAGUUAUCAGGAGCUCUUCGCCACGCUGCCCUCCGCCAUCGGCGCGCUUACCCAGAUGGAGGAAUUCUUCGCGGUGAAGAAUUGGAUCUAUGGCGACAUUCCUGACUCCUUCAGCAACCUCGUCAACCUCAAGAACCUGUCAGUGCCCCUCUGCCCUGCCCCGCACGCCCCGCACGCCCCGCACGCCCCGCACGCCCCGCACGCCCCGCACGCCCCGCACGCCCCGCACGCCCCGCAUGCCCCGCACGCAAUGCCCGCCCCGUCUGCCGACUCCCCCUGCCCUCUGCAUCACUCCAAACCCUUUCCCUCACGUUCCGUCUCUUCCUCAUGCCUUUAUUUUCCGCUCUUAACCUCCCCACCCUCUCCCACCCCAACCCCGGACGCUCCCCCUGCCCUCUCCCCUCUGCUCUCACACGUAUCUGUCCCCUUCCCCCCCCUCUGUCCCUUUCCAUUCCCCCCUUACCCCCUUCCCCCCUCUCCCCGCUUCCCCCCCUCACCCCCACAGGCAGCUGUACCAGAACUUUCUCAACGGCACCAUCCCGGCUUCCAUGGGCCGCAUGACCAGCCUGUACCAGCUCCGCCUGAGCGCGAACCGCUUCACAGGGCCCGUGUCGAGCUGCCUCAGUCUUGGGACGUCUCAAACCCCUUCCCCCUCACCUCUUCCUCAUCUCGUUUGCCCCACUUCACCCCCCCCUCAACCCGCUCCCCCUCUCUCCCCUCCAGCCGCCUGAGUGCCAAUCGCUUCACAGGGCCCCUACAAUCCCAGACACCAGACACCAACAAGUUUGACGGUGUGCUGCCAUCCAGCAUCGGCGCCAUCAAGUACAUAGACACGAACAAGUUUGACGGUGUGCUGCCAUCCAGCAUCGGCACCAUCAUGCCUCUCACCAACCUGUACGUGCGCAUGGGCGUGCUGCAUGCGCACAUGCACAUAGGCGCAGACGCACAUGUGCAUUUAUACUUGCAAGUUCACCAGCCUGCCGUCCAGCAUCGGCACCAUCAUGCCGCUCACCAACCCGUACACGUCUCAAAUGUUGUACGGGGGGGUGCAUGUGUGCACACGUGGGGCACUCACCAACCUGUACGUGGCGUGCUGCCCCAACCUGUACGUGGCGUGCUGCCCCAACCUGUACGUGGCGUGCUGCCCCAACCUGUACGUGGCGUGCUGCACCAACCUGUAUGUGGCGUGCUGCCCCAACCUGUACGUGGCGUGCUGCCCCAACCUGUAUGUGGCGUGCUGCCCCAACCUGUAUGUGGCGUGCUGCCCCAACCUGUACGUGGCGUGCUGCCCCAACCUGUACGUGGCGUGCUGCCCCAACCUGUACGUGGCGUGCUGCACCAACCUGUACGUGGCGUGCUGCACCAACCUGUACGUGGCGUGCUGCCCCAACCUGUACGUGGCGUGCUGCCCCAACCUGUAUGUGGCGUGCUGCCCCAACCUGUAUGUGGCGUGCUGCCCCAACCUGUACGUGGCGUGCUGCCCCAACCUGUACGUGGCGUGCUGCACCAACCUGUACGUGGCGUGCUGCACCAACCUGUACGUGGCGUGCUGCCCCAACCUGUACGUGGCGUGCUGCACCAACCUGUACGUGGCGUGCUGCCCCAACCUGUACGUGGCGUGCUGCACCAACCUGUACGUGGCGUGCUGCACCAACCUGUACGUGGCGUGCUGCCCCAACCUGUACGUGGCGUGCUGCCCCAACCUGUACGUGGCGUGCUGCCCCAACCUGUACGUGGCGUGCUGCCCCAACCUGUAUGUGGCGUGCUGCCCCAACCUGUAUGUGGCGUGCUGCCCCAACCUGUACGUGGCGUGCUGCCCCAACCUGUACGUGGCGUGCUGCACCAACCUGUACGUGGCGUGCUGCACCAACCUGUACGUGGCGUGCUGCCCCAACCUGUACGUGGCGUGCUGCACCAACCUGUACGUGGCGUGCUGCCCCAACCUGUCUGUACGUGGCGUGCUGCCCCAACCUGUACGUGGCGUGCUGCCCCAACCUGUACGUGGCGUGCUGCCCCAACCUGUCUGUACGUGGCGUGCUGCCCCAACCUGUACGUGGCGUGCUGCCCCAACCUGUACGUGGCGUGCUGCCCCAACCUGUACGUGGCGUGCUGCCCCAACCUGUACGUGGCGUGCUGCCCCAACCUGUACGUGGCGUGCUGCCCCAACCUGUACGUGGCGUGCUGCCCCAACCUGUACGUGGCGUGCUGCCCCAACCUGUACGUGGCGUGCUGCCCCAACCUGUACGUGGCGUGCUGCCCCAACCUGUACGUGGCGUGCUGCCCCAACCUGUACGUGGCGUGCUGCCCCAACCUGUACGUGGCGUGCUGCCCCAACCUGUAUGUGGCGUGCUGCCCCAACCUGUAUGUGGCGUGCUGCCCCAACCUGUACGUGGCGUGCUGCCCCAACCUGUACGUGGCGUGCUGCCCCAACCUGUACGUGGCGUGCUGCCCCAACCUGUACGUGGCGUGCUGCACCAACCUGUACGUGGCGUGCUGCCCCAACCUGUACGUGGCGUGCUGCCCCAACCUGUAUGUGGCGUGCUGCCCCAACCUGUAUGUGGCGUGCUGCCCCAACCUGUACGUGGCGUGCUGCCCCAACCUGUACGUGGCGUGCUGCCCCAACCUGUACGUGGCGUGCUGCACCAACCUGUACGUGGCGUGCUGCCCCAACCUGUACGUGGCGUGCUGCACCAACCUGUACGUGGCGUGCUGCCCCAACCUGUACGUGGCGUGCUGCACCAACCUGUACGUGGCGUGCUGCACCAACCUGUACGUGGCGUGCUGCCCCAACCUGUACGUGGCGUGCUGCCCCAACCUGUACGUGGCGUGCUGCCCCAACCUGUACGUGGCGUGCUGCCCCAACCUGUACGUGGCGUGCUGCCCCAACCUGUAUGUGGCGUGCUGCCCCAACCUGUAUGUGGCGUGCUGCCCCAACCGCGUGCUGCCCCAACCUGUACGUGGCGUGCUGCACCAACCUGUACGUGGCGUGCUGCACCAACCUGUACGUGGCGUGCUGCCCCAACCUGUACGUGGCGUGCUGCCCCAACCUGUAUGUGGCGUGCUGCCCCAACCUGUAUGUGGCGUGCUGCCCCAACCUGUACACUAUUACAGAAGCUCAGUAACACUCUCCCUGACCUUCCCUCACCCUCUCUCUCCCAUACUCCCCUUCCCACUCCUCCUCCCUCCCCCACAAACCCUCCCGCCCGUGCCUCACAGGUUCAUCAAUCAGAACAGCUUCAUCGGUCCUUCAUGUUUCACUCACCUCACGUGCCGCCUGCCGUCCCCCGACGCCCUCCACCUUCUCCCCCCUCUGCCGCUUGCUGCUCACAGGUUCAUCAAUCAGAACAGCUUCAUCGGUCCCCUCCCCAUUGCCCUCACGCGUCUCACCAACCUCAACAUCCUCUUCAUGAGCAGCAACCCCUAUCUGGACGGCCCUCUGCCCGCCAAUCUCGGCAACAUGAAGAGCCUCACUGACCUGGUGUCUGAGUUUGCUUCAUUAAACGCACCAUCCCUGCAACCAUCUUCUCUCCUCUCGUUCCUUUACCCCCCUCUCUCCCUCACACCCUUCCCCACCUGGUCCGACUACAGGGUGUCUGAGUUCGCCCCAUUAAACGGCACCAUCCCUGCAACAAUCUCCAAGCUCACCAAGCUCUCGCGCAUUCUGUUGGACAACGGCCAGCUCACGGGCACCAUCCCGGACGGCAUCAGCCGUCUCAAAGAGCUCACCGUGCUGUGA